UGGCUUUCAACGUUGUCGGUUGUCGUCAAUUUCGUGGCCAUUUGAUUUGAGGCUGAUUCCCGCUGCUGCUGCUCCUGUUGUUGUUAUUGUUGUUGUUGUUGUUUGUAACUGCUGUUGUUGCCGCUGCUACUUUGCGUUGCACGUCGUUGUCGUCGCGCCCGCCACCAGCCCCACACCCAACAGAACGUGCCGCGAACGAACGCGUGUGUCUGCCUAGGCUAUCUCUGUGCCUCCGACUCCGCCACAGCCUGUGUCCGUGAGUGCGUCUCUAUAUGUUUGUGUGUGUGUAAGCAAAUGUUGAAAGCAGCAUGGCCAGCAAAGACAGCACAAAAAAACGUUGCAUACUUUUGGGCGCACUGAAUAAUGAUUUUUGUGUGCCCGCUGCGUGUGUGAAAAAUAAAAGCCCAAAUAAAAAUCCAAAAAAAAAAUGUAGUGUAAAUUGAAUUUUCGUUAAUUGAAAACCCACAAAAAAAUAAGAGAAAUUAAAUGUGUGACAAGGCAAAGAAAAAUCCAAUAAUUACAAGUGCUUAAUGAAAAUUGAAAGCAACGAAUCAAAUUGAAUCAAAAUCGAAAUCGGAAAAGGAAAAUGAAAAUAUGCAGGCAGCCAAAACGACUUCGCUGAAAUACAAAUCUGACAUUGGCAGCAGCAGGCACGCACACACAUUCAUAUUCACAUACACAUACACAGACACACAAAGUUCACACUCAUACACACACAUACACACAGGCAGAGGCGACAACAGCCUGCGUCUUAUGCCCGAAUUUUGGCCGAUGAAUGAACUGACAUAAAACUUGACGAGCAAAGUCAGAGAAGCGCAAGCACACCCACUACCCACACACACACACACACACCCACAAGCACACACACACACAGUCAACAUUUAAAAGCAUAUAAAAAGGCCGUUUCGUAGAUUUCUGUGUGCCCUUGUCAAAGAAAUAGAAAUAUCGUAGUAGAAACUUGCCAUUUUUGGAACGUGCCGCGCAUUUCGCCACAGCUACAAAUAAAAUACAACAACAAAAAAAGAAGCAGACGACAAAUUAACAACAACAAAGACGAAGAAGAAGCAGCAAAGAGAGUACAGAAAGAAAGAGAAGAAGCAAAGCCGUUGGAGGCAUCCAAUUUUGCACGCCCAGGAGACGCAACGGUGAUGUGGGACACAUCCCGCAACGGGCAAUGCAACAACCCCAACGUUAUAUACCGUCUGUAUCUGAUCUAUAUGGCACGGACGAGAUAGAACUGCUGCUGGACGAGAUACGUGAGCUGGAGCUGGAGCCGGUCUGCUGUCAGCUGGAAGAUGAGCAGGACUUUGAAAUAGCUGGCAGCAGGGCCGGCGAGCUCUCGCUAUCACUCGAAUCGCCAUUGGGCACUUGCACCUCAUGGGAUUCCCAUGCCAACUACAAACAGCAACAACAAACGCCGCUGCCAUGGGGCGUUGCCCUACACUGUGAUCCGCAACACUUGAAAACGCCUACAGGGAUUGUGCGCAUACUACUGGUGUUAUCCUCGGCCGUCUGUCUGGCCUGCGAAUGCUCCGCGGGCACCGUACAGGUUGGCCUCUUUCUACUGCCACUCAUCGGACGCCUGAGGCUGAUGGUCUUCUGUGCGCUCUUCUCGCUACUGAUCACAUGCCUCAUGAUCUUUCUCGAUAUAUCGCAUAUAGCGCUAAUGUUUCCAUUCAACUGGACGAAAGUGAAUACGUGGAUGUACCUGAGCAUUGGUUUAAUAUUUAUUUUGAGCUCCACUCUGCUCGUCCACAUGGUGCUGUAUGCCACGGAGUACACAUGGGUAUCCAAGCACUCAAAGGACACGCUGCUGGCAACAGGCCUGAUUGGUUAUAUUUGCGCGUUGGAGGCGCUACUACUGUCGGGUAUCCACUCGUGGCCCUGGUCCCAAUAUCGGCAAGUGCCCGACGAUGCCAGCGAACUGUUCAUUGAGGAUCGCGAAAUGACGCCGAUGAGUCCCAUCAAUAGCACCGAUCUACAGCUACAGCCUGAGACAGGUCAUAGCCUGGCGCCGUAUCAGCACAGCAGCCAAUCCAAUGGCAAUGCAACGGCGCCCGAUGCAUAUAACCAACAACAACAACAAUCGUCCUAUAAUCAAAAGCCUUAUAUACCUGCCAAAAGACCCAAUGAGCUGAACCAGCGUCCAACAUUGGGUCACACACAAUCCGCACGCAUUAAACCGAAUCAGCGUUAUCGCGAGGGCUAUCAUUACCAACCGGUUGCGUCAACGUCCCGCCAGAGUCCCACGUUCGUCGUAGGCGAUGAUAUGGGUGCCGGUCCAUCCACGUCCCGUUCCAAUGAUAAUUCUAGUGCGUGAUACUUUUUAUUCCUCAACCAUCACAAGAAAUUUAUAUGAUAAAAACAAAAAGAUAACAAAUUUUGUCCACUAAAAAAUUUCAGCGAUAGAUAAAGUUGAGGUUGCAUUUUGGUCAAAACAAAAAAAAAAAAACAAAACAAAAACAAAUUGUUGAUUAGUUUAAACA